UCUUAAAGUGCCUUCUGGUGUAAGUAGCAGGAAUUGGACAGACUGAGACCCUGUUAGAAUCGAUCUAUUCACAGUCUUUUUUCCGAUUUCACUUGAGACACCAUGAGUAAAGAGGCUGAUAUGAAGGAGGUGGAAUUGAAUGAGCUGGAGCAGGAGAAGCAGUCCAUGACCGCAGACACGGAGAAGAAUGGCUGCGUGAAAGUGAAGGUGCCAGAGGAAAAUGAGGUCAAAUUUACUGGCCUGACUAAAGAGGAGCUGAUGAGAGUUGCAGGCACCACAGGAUGGGUGCGGACUCGCUGGGUAUUGUUGGUUCUAUUCUGGCUUGGCUGGGUUGGAAUGCUAGCCGGGGCGGUGGUGAUCAUUGUUCAGGCUCCACGUUGUAAACCCAUUCCUGAAAUGCACUGGUGGAAUGAGGGGCCGCUCUACGAGAUACCGGAUGUAAACAACUAUGAUGAAGGCAUUAAAGGAAUAGAAAACAAGUUGGACAAUCUGAACCAGCUAAAGGUUAAAGGGUUGAUCUUGGGCCCGAUACACACUGCUCAGGCAGACCAACCGGGUACACUAAAUAUGAUAGAAAUUGACCCUGUAAUGGGCACUGAGAAAGACCUGGAGAGCCUGUUGGAAAGAGCCCACAAGAAGGGUAUCUCUAUAGUGCUUGAUUUGACACCCAACUAUAAAGGAAAUGCAGUUUGGUUCCGCAAUGCUGCUGUUGUUGUUAAAAAACUUAAGGAAGCAUUUGUCUACUGGCUUCAAAAAGGUGUGGAUGGAUUCCUCCUUUCUGACAUGGUUCAGAUUGCCAAAACUGCUUCCUGGCAGCCCAUCCAGAACAUAAUUCAUCCCAACACCACAGAAGGAACUAAAAAAUGUGUCCUGAUAGAUUCAGUCAACACGGCCAUUGACAAUGUCUCUCUGCUGCUGGAACACACUGGAGCUGAUCUGUUGCUAACCAAACAGCAAGUUUUGGAUCUGUCUGGGUUGUUGAGGAAUAGGGAUUAUACCAGGCACAACAGCCAUGCCUGGAGCCUGAGCAAUACCACUUCAGUUUUGCCUACACGCCUCUACCAUAUGCUGAUCUUCACCCUGCCUCCCACCCCAGUGUUCAACAGAGGGGAUGAGGUUGGAUUGAAGGAGGGGGAACCCCUUACUGGAAUUUGGGAUUUGGAAAAUCCAGCUGAGGAGAACAAUGAAACAGCAAAGGCUUUACGAGAGGAACGUAGUUCUAUACGAAACUUCUUCAGGGCUCUCAGUGACCUAAGAGGUAAAGAAAGAGCUCUGCUGCAUGGCGAAUAUGCCUUUCUACACAGCUCCAGCUCCUCAUUUGCAUUCCUCCGCUUGUGGGAUCAGAGUGAACGCUUUAUCACCGUCUUAAACUGGGGUGAUUCCCCUGUCACAAUGACACUGACCAACACCGACCUGCCUGCUGAAGCCAGGGUCCGUCUCAGUACAGAUACUGAAAAGCUAGCUGUGGACCGCAUGGUGCCUUUAGAGAAACUGCAGCUUGAGGCCAAACAAGCGGUUUUAUUGUCCUAUCCUUAUGCAGGAUAGAAACAUUAGCGAAAAUAAACACACACACACUCAAUAGUAAUCUAAUGUUAAGCAAGCUCUGUUUGUUCUCAUCGCUAUGUUAAAAAUACUUUUGGAAUACAGAAGAAUGUGGUGUCAAUUUUUUAAAUCAGUUUCCAACACAAUUUUGUAAGAAUACUAACAUAUAUGAGUAAAAUGGAUGCAUCAAAACAGUAUUAUAACAGCUGGAUAAAAUGUUCUAGCUUUGUGUGUAUGUGCAAACAUGAAAAAUAAAAGCAAACCUAAUGUUAUGAUA